AAAACGAGAUAAAACUGAAUUGUUCCAUGUAAACAUGUGGCGAAAUAUUGUAUUUAAACGAUAUGUUGUUUUAGAUUUCGUUGAGGAGGAAUAACGUCACGUGUGUUUGCAUGUUAAAGUAGCACCUGUUAGUUAGCGAGCUAACGUUAACUGGCUAUCUAGUUUGCUUUUUGGCCAGCCUGUUACAGUUGCGCUCUAGUGUAUUGGCACCCUUGUACGUUUAUUUUAAAUAAUUCAAUACGUCUUCAAAUAUAAGUUACAAUUUAAAAAAAUAUAAACGUGUUCACACGUGUACUGUGGUAAUUUGCAGGUAUUUUUUACAAGGUAAAAACAGCCAUUGAAAUAGUGUUGAAAGGAGAACAGGAUAUUCCGCUUCAUUAUAACGUUACCACUGUGAACAUGGUGAAGGGGAAAGAGCUCUCUGAGGAUGUAAGGAAUUUGAUUAUAACCAAACAUGGACUUAAGCAAGGUUACAAGUCCAUCUCCCGGGACCUUGGGAUUGCUGUUUCCACAGUUCGUAAUGUUAUCAGGAAGCAUGCUGUCCAUGGCGUUGUAGUCAACCUCCCAGGACGUGGUCGCAAGAAGAAUCUGGUUCCACCGGUUGAAAACGCAGAUCGUUCUGCAUCUAUCCAAAAUAAAAUGACAUCUGUUUGUGAUGCCACCAAUGAAGACAAGGAAAAUGGUUCCGAGUCGACGAAGUCUCAGGACAAGGAACAUCCACGGGUUCUCAUCCCAGAGUUAUGUCGUCAUUUCUACCAACUCGGCUGGGUUACUGGGACAGGAGGAGGGCUAAGUUUGAGACGUGGAGAUCAGAUCUAUAUUGCCCCGUCUGGAGUGCAGAAGGAGAGACUACAGCCAGAUGACAUGUUUGUCUGUGAUGUGGAAGAGAGAGACAUCAGCUCCCCACCCCCCUGGAAGAAGCUGAAGAAGAGCCAGUGCACCCCUCUGUUCAUGAAUGCCUUCACUAUGAGAGCGGCGCAGGCCGUCAUCCACACCCACUCCAAGGCUGCCGUCAUGGCAACUCUGUUUUAUCCUGGCAAGGAGUUCCGCAUAACUCACCAGGAGAUGAUAAAGGGAAUCCGCAAGGGCACCUCCGGCACCAACUACAGAUAUGAUGAAAUGCUGGUGGUCCCCAUCAUUGAGAACACCCCGGAGGAGCGGGACCUGAAGGAGCGCAUGGCGCUGGCCAUGGAGCAAUACCCAGACUCCUGUGCGGUCCUCGUCCGGCGUCACGGCGUCUACGUGUGGGGGGAGUCCUGGGAGAAAGCAAAGACCAUGUGUGAAUGUUAUGACUACCUAUUUGACAUCGCCGUCCAAAUGAAGCAGAGUGGAAUGGACCCUUCAGCACCACCCAUUGAAGAGAACCAUUACUACGAUGUCCAACAAUCCCAAUAAAUGGAGGCAAACAACCAUGGCCUAAAAUGAACACUUGCCAAAUGUGUAUUUUCCUCCAGCCGUGUCGCCGGGUGUCAGGACCCACAGUGCUCCAAGUAUUUCACUCGCAUUUUGUGAAUAUAAAAAGUCAAGUUUGAUCACAUUCAUAGUAACAUAUAUGCUGCAGUAGCUGUUUUCAAAAUAUUUCUGCCAUUUUUGUUUCAUAGCUGGUAAUAUAUAGCCUAUUCCAGCCUGGCUGUGGGCUGUGCGCACGUGAAGAGCUGAGUGAAAGAUGACAUUUUUAGAAGCGCUGUGCACAGGCAUAAAAGUUGGUCUAAUUUAUUUGAGAAGAAAGUCUACUGAAGUGAAA